AGCAUAGCUCUGCUCCAGUUUUCACCCGGGCGGAGAAUCUCGAUGCACAAUAACAAAUCCCUUUAAACCAGCAGAAGUGAGAAAGAGUUUAAACGAUUUAAUAAAGAGUGUAGGUUAAAGCUGAGGCGGUUAGUUAGGUUAGCGAAGACGGAUAAAUGUCUGAGUCUGGAGACCAAACUAAAAGAGAAGAAGAGGAGCCUGACACACCAGAUUUUGAGGCUGAGUCUGACGAUAGCAGUGACGAAGGAGAAGCCUCUGGAGACAGUGAAAUGGAUUUUCUCCGCAAUCUCUUCUCUCGAACUCUUGGCCUGAGUCCUGAAGAAAAAGUCCUUGAUGACUUGAGCCUUGAGGGAGUGGCUCGAUAUAUCCAGAGUGGAAAAUGUAAGAACAUUAUCUGUAUGGUGGGUGCAGGAAUUUCGACGUCUGCUGGCAUCCCUGACUUCCGCUCCCCUGGAACCGGCCUCUAUGCCAACCUGCAGAAGUACAACCUGCCAUAUCCUGAGGCUAUCUUUCAGAUUGACUAUUUCAAGAAACACCCGGAGCCUUUCUUUGCUUUGGCCCGGGAGCUGUACCCAGGACAGUUCAAGCCCACAGUGUGUCACUACUUCAUCAGAAUGCUAAAAGACAAAGGUCUGCUCAGGCGCUGCUACUCACAGAACAUAGAUACUUUAGAGAGAGUUGCUGGGCUAGAAGGAGAGGACCUGAUAGAAGCCCAUGGGACAUUCCACACCUCCCACUGUGUGAGCUUAUUCUGCCGGAAGGAGUACACCAUGGACUGGAUGAAAGAGAAAAUCUUUUCAGAGGACAUCCCCAAGUGUGAUGCGUGCAAUAAUCUAGUCAAACCCGAUAUUGUUUUUUUUGGAGAGAAUCUGCCAGCUCGAUUCUUCACUACAAUGAAAAAAGACUUUCCUCACUGUGAUCUUCUUAUUAUAAUGGGAACUUCGCUGCAAGUUCAACCAUUUGCAUCACUUGUCAGCAGAGUUCCAAAUAGUUGUCCUCGGCUCCUCAUCAACAUGGAGAAGACAGGACAGUCUGAGUUUGGAAUGGGAUUACUGGGUUUUGGAGGAGGAAUGGAUUUUGAUUCAGAUAAAGCUUACAGGGAUGUAGCACACUUGAGCACUUGUGAUGACGGUUGCUUGGCUUUUGCAGAACUACUGGGCUGGAAGGGGGAGCUGGAGGAGUUGGUGAAGCGAGAACAUGCACUGAUUGACAGUAAGGACUCAAAAAAGAAAGACGAGAAGACUAAGCAGAGCUCUGAGACUCCAGAGAAGACUAAAGUGGCAGAACCUGAGGCUGGAAAGAGUGAAAAGACAGAAUAACUGAUUAACCAAUGUCUGUGUCUUCUCUAUGUCUGGAGUUUAAACACCAUUCUUUUAACUUUGGGGUUGGAUUUUAUUGCAAUAUUAAAACAUUUAUAUUGUGUUCUA